UCUAGAGGUACCAUCCAUCUCAUCAACGAUCAGUCCUCAACAACUACCAAUUGACGUUGUUUCCUCUUCCCGUAUACCCCUACCAUUGGGUCCAUUGCAGAUCCAAGCUUUCGCCGGAAGUCUCUCUCUACGUGUCGCCAUUCCGAGCGGAAACAUGACCACCCCGGAGCAAGAUGGCGCCGCACGCCUUGCGGCACGGAAACCCAUCCCGAAACCAGUUCCUGCCUAUCUCCCCACAGCCGGAUCUCCCCUCUCUGUCGACAAAAACCUCUACUCAACCAUCCAACAAGCUCCCCGCAUCCUCACCGACGAAUUCACCAUCCCUAUCCGAUCCGGCCGCGCCUGGACUGCCUCCGCCGGCUCCAUCAUCCGCAUAUCCACCCCCGAAGGUCCUCAAGUUGGCGAUCUCAACAUCUGGAAUCUCCACAACCCCCGCGAGCGCUUCUGGGCCUCGCGUACCAAACAGCUCCAUGCCUCGCACGUAUCAACCUACGACCGGCUCUGGUCUAACUUACCCUUCAUGCGGCCCAUGCUAACCAUCAUCGCCGACACGCUGUCCUGGUACGGACAAGAUGAGCAUGGGGGCAGGGUGCAUGACCUCUUGGGGACGAGAUGUGAUCCGUAUAUUAACAACGUGUUGAGUGGCGGCGAGUUUGACUUUCAUUGCCACUCAAACCUAACAAGGGCGGUGAUGGAGUAUGGCCUGAACGAGGGGGAUGUGCAUGAUGUUAUCAACCUGUUCCAGGUUACGGGUUUGGACGAGAAGGGCAGAUAUUUUAUGAGUCCUUGUCCGGCAAGUAAGGGAGAUUUUGUUGAGUUUUUGGCGGAACAGGACGUUUUGAUGGCGCUGAGCACUUGCCCUGGUGGCGACCUCUCUCUCUGGGGUUUUGGGAGCGAUAACGAAAAGGAGAUGAUUAAGUGCUGCCGGCCGUUAAAAGUUGAGGUCUUCCGUCUCAAAGAUAAUGAGCUGCUUCCACGGAGUGGGUGGAAGCUAGCGGAGAAAGCAAACUAUGGCGGUCGGCACGGGCUAGUAGUUACGGAACGUGUAAGCUUAGAUGUAUAGAGGGUAGCUUGGAUAUUAUAGGGCUAGCCUAUAAUUGUUAUCUAGUCGCGGUAUUACUAUAGAGGUAAUUAUAAUCCCCG